UAGCUUUAUCUUUAUCACUUUUUGCUUUGAAACUCCGACAGUAUUGCUUCUGGUAGUACUGGUAGUAAGUAGAGGUAGUGCUGCAACCAGAGAACACUUACAACUACAACGUACUUGUCUUUGAUACCUUUUUUCAAAUCUACUUUUACAGUUUCUCGCGUCAUAGUUUCGAAAUCCAUCGGCUUUACAAUUAAUUACGUUACCUGUGUUUACGACACGUGCAUCCAUACAGAACUGAACUCAGCAGAAUCUUACACUACCUUCGCCCUCGGCUUUUUGCUUACCACCAGCAUCAUUCUUCACUCGAACUUGAAUUGCGCUGAAAGUAGCCCAUCAUCUUCACGAUGGGCACACUUGUUAUGGAGCCCUCCACGGAGGAGCACACGAUUGCCAUUGUAGAAUUCAACGAGUUUUCUCAGUAUUUUAAGAAAACUGUCAGUGUCCUGUUGCUAGAGGAAAACGGAGCCUAUAUUCCCGCUCUUAACACAGCCGUGGAGGACAAGGAAACUCAGGAAUGCAUCAGGAAGUUCUUGAGUGAUCCUCAAGUUGCGACCCUAUCCAUUCAGCGAAGCAUCAUCAAAGAUGAAGACUCAGAACAAGCUGGAGAAACAGAUGAAGAUAGAGACAAAGUCACGUAUCAUAUUUCUAAUCAAGUCCAUUUCUCUAGUCCCAAAAUGGCCAGUUUGGUAUUUGUCAAGCGAAGCUCUGUAAUCGAAGCCGACAAGUCGAUUCAGUCCCAGUUGCGUGUUAUCAGUUUUAAUGAAGGCUCUCCGUAUGAAACACUCCAUGCUUUUGUCAGUAAAACUAUGGCGCCUUAUUUCAAAAGCUAUGUGAAAGAGUCUGGUCGAGCAGAUAGGGACGGUGAUAAAAUGGCACCAUCUGUCGAAAAGAAAAUGGCUGAACUAGAAAUGGGUUUACUACAUCUACAACAAAACAUCGACAUCCCAGAAAUAUCCCUUCAAGUUCAUCCUGUUGUCGCUCAUGUUAUAAAAAAAUGUGCAGAAGAGGGCAGGAAGCCAACUGUAGCUGAUUUCGGAGACAAAGUUGAAGAUUCCUCUUUCUUGAAUCAACUUCAGAAUGGUGUCAACAGAUGGAUAAAAGAAAUAAAAAAAGUGACUAAACUAGAAAGGGAUCCAACUAAUGGAACUGCGUUGCAAGAAAUCAGCUUCUGGUUGAAUCUUGAAAGAGCGUUACAUCGAAUCCAAGAAAAAAGAGAAAGUAUUGAAGUUGCUCUUACUUUGGAAAUCUUGAAACAUGGCAAACGGUUUCAUGCCACAGUCAGUUUCGAUGCUGAUACAGGAUUGAAGCAGACACUUUCAAAAGUAACCGACUUUAAUGUGCUCAUGAAGGAUUUCCCAAUCAAUGAUCUACUCUCAGCUACUGAACUCGAUCGAAUCAGACAAGCUCUUUUCCAAAUUUUUAAUCACCUAAAGAAGAUGCGGUAUACAAAAUAUCCAAUGCAGCGAGCUCUUCGCUUGUUCGAAGCCAUCUCAAGAGAUCUUAGUGCACAACUUUUGAAGGUGCUAGGCACAAGGCGAUUAAUGCACAUCCCAUUUGAAGAGUUUGAAAAAGUUAUAUCACAAUGUUUCAGUGUAUUCACAACCUGGGAUGAUGAAUAUGAUAGACUUCAAGGUCAACUGAGGGAGGUUUUCAUGAAGAAGCAGCAUGAACCAACGAUGAAAGUAGGUUGGCGAAUCAAUCCUGCCCACAAAUUGCUUCAAACAAGGAUGGACCACAUGCGACGUUUUAGGCAUCAACACGAGCAGCUUCAAACUGUUAUCAUAAGAGUUCUCAGGCCAAAUUUUGCUGCAUCUCGAACUGCAAAUCAUGAUCAAUCAAACUCAGUGGACAAUGAGUCAAAACAAGUGGAUUCUCUGCCUCUAGACUCCACCGAUACAAGUGCCAUUGAAGAAGUAAAUUUAGCUUAUGAAAAUGUGAAAGAAGUGGACUGUUUAGACAUGAGUCGGGAAGGGACGGAAGCUUGGGAAGCAGGUGUUGCCCGCUACGAAGAAAGAAUUGAUCGUGUAGAAGCAAGAAUAACAACUCAUUUACGAGAUCAACUUGGGACAGCCAAAAACGCUAACGAAAUGUUCCGGAUUUUCUCAAGGUUCAAUGCAUUAUUUGUUCGGCCUCACAUCAGAGGUGCCAUUAGAGAGUACCAAACACAGCUCAUUCAAAGGGUCAAAGAUGACAUUGAAGCCCUCCAUGAAAAGUUUAAGGUUCAGUACCCACAAAGUAAAUCAUGUCGAAUGAGUCAAGGAAGAGAUUUACCCCCAGUUUCUGGUUCUAUCAUAUGGGUUAAGCAGAUAGAUAGGCAAUUGACAGCAUAUUUACGCAGAGUUGAAGAUGUUCUAGGUAAAGGAUGGGAAAAUCAUUUAGAGGGACAGAAAUUGAAACAUGACGGAGAUAGUUUUCGGCUGAAGUUGAACACAGCUGAUAUAUUCGAUGAUUGGGCAAGAAAUGUACAGCAAAGAAACCUAGGAGUCUCAGGGCGUAUUUUUGUCAUUGAAAACACUCGCUCACGUUCUGGCAGAGCAAACGUUUUAAGACUGAAGGUCAAUUUUCAUCCAGAGAUAAUCACCCUCUCCAAGGAAGUACGAAAUCUAAAACAUCUUGGCUUCCGAAUUCCGUUGACAAUUAUGAACAAAGCUCAUCUAGCUAAUUCGUUAUAUCCAUUUGCAAUCUCAUUAAUAGAAAGUGUGAGAACUUAUGAACGCACUCUGGAAAAGCUGACCAAUAGGAUAUCAAUCAAUCCACUUACCGCUACCACUAAUGAUGCGCAACAGGUGGAAGACAAAGCUACAAUAAUUCCAUUGGUUGCUGGGCUAAGGAAGGAAGUCCAAAAUUUAGUUGCGGAAGGCAUGCAAAUGAUCUUUGAAAGCUAUAAGCUGGAUGGAUACACCGAGCGCCUUGCAGAACAAGUCUUUAACUUCCAAGAAAAAGUUGAGGAUGUUUUGGUUGUUGAAGAACAAUUGGAAGGUUAUGUUCGCUCACUUGAAACUUGUCCAUAUUCUGCCAAUACUUUCUCAGAAAUUUUAGCCAAAAUUCAACAUUCAGUUGAUGAUCUGUCCCUUCGACAAUACUCAAAUCUUCACAUUUGGGUCAGCCGUCUUGAUCAAGAGGUUGAGAAAAAUCUUGCGGCAAGACUGAAGGCAGGUAUUGAGGCGUGGACGGACGCCUUAGAAGGAAAGAAAGUCGAGAUAGAUCUUAGCAUGGAUACUGAUGCGCCCUCACAACCAACACAUAAACCAGGAGGGGACCCUCAGAUCGCAGCCUCUGUAUACGAAGUGAGAAUCACAAACCAGAUCAUGUACUUGUAUCCAAGCAUUGAUGAAGCCAGGUUCCAAAUAAUGCAGCAGUUUUUUGCCUGGCAAGCUGUUGUCACUUCCCAGACUCGUCUUCAAAGCACUCGAUAUCAGUUUGGCCUAGAACGUCCAACUUCUGUUACUUACCGCAAUCUCUUAACGAAAUUACCUGGAGGAUCGGCUGUUCUUGAAGCAGCUUAUAAGGCCAUCCAUAAAAAAAUCAAACAGAUGACAACUUACAUGGAUGAGUGGCUCACAUAUCAGUCAUUGUGGGAUCUUCAGCCAGAAUCACUGUAUGGAAAACUGGGUGAUGACAUCAGCCUGUGGAUGAGAUGUUUAAGUGAUGUUAAAAAAGCGAGGACGACAUUUGAUACAACGGAAACGAGAAAAGAAUUUGGCCCCUUUGUGAUUGAUUAUACCAAAGUUCAAAGUAAAGUAACCCUCAAGUAUGAUGCUUGGCACAAAGACACCUUAAGCAAGUUUGGUUCUCUUUUAGGAAAUGAAAUGUUUCAAUUUCAUACAAAAAUAUCGAAGUCUCGUAGUGAAUUGGAACAGCAAGCAAUUGAAUCAGCAAGUACAUCAGAUGCUGUCUCAUUUAUUACCUACGUUCAGUCAUUGAAGCGCAAUAUCAAAUCUUGGGAAAAGCAGGUUGAGGUUUAUCGUGAAGGUCAGAGAAUUUUAGAACGGCAGAGGUUCCAAUUUCCGAACAACUGGCUUCAUGUUGAUAACAUAGAAGGUGAAUGGGGUGCUUUCAAUGAAAUUAUGAAAAGGAAAGAUUCUUCAAUACAGAUUCAGGUUCAAAGUCUUCAGAUGAAGAUCAUAGCAGAAGACAAGGCAGUAGAAAUUCGGACCAAUGACUUCCUGUCGGAUUGGGAAAAGAAUAAACCAGUGCGAGGACAGCUUCGUCCAGAUGAGGCGCUGCAGCAACUUCAGAUAUCUGAGACCAAGUUCAGCAAGUUGAAAGAAGAGAGAGAUAAUGUUGCCAAGGCGAAGGAGGCACUUGAGCUUCAAGAUCCAGGUGGUGUUAGUACAAGUGAAGACCGGAUGAUGGUUGUGUUUGAAGAGUUACAAGAUCUGCGUGGUGUUUGGUCAGAAUUGAGCCGCAUUUGGACGCAAAUAGAUGAAAUUAGAGAAAAGCCGUGGUUGUCCAUUCAACCACGCAAGUUGCGGCAACAACUUGAUGCACUCACUUCACAGCUGAAGGAAUUGCCUGCCCGCCUGAGACAAUACUCUUCAUAUGAGUAUGUGAAGAAACUUCUUCAAGGGUAUACCAAAGUAAAUAUGAUGAUUGUCGAGCUGAAAUCAGAUGCUUUAAAGGAGCGUCACUGGAAACAAUUGAUGAGGAAGCUGAGAGUUGAGUGGGUUCUGUCAGAUCUCACACUAGGCCAAGUCUGGGAUGUUGACCUUCAAAUGAAUGAGGCCAUCCUUAAAGAAAUCAUCUUAACAGCUCAGGGAGAAAUGGCUCUGGAAGAGUUCCUAAGACAGGUCAGAGAAUCAUGGCAAACUUACGAGCUGGAUCUCAUCAAUUAUCAAAGCAAGUGCCGUCUCAUCAGGGGCUGGGAUGAUUUAUUCAACAAAGUGAAGGAGCACAUUAAUUCUGUUGCAGCUAUGAAGCUCUCACCCUAUUAUAAAGUGUUUGAGGAAGAAGCUCUGACUUGGGAAGAAAAAUUGAACCGUAUUAAUGCGCUAUUCGACGUAUGGAUUGAUGUUCAAAGGCGAUGGGUCUAUCUUGAGGGAAUUUUCUCGGGGAGUGUGGACAUCAAAGCUCUGUUACCCGUUGAAACUUCUCGUUUUCAGAAUAUCAGCUCUGAUUUUUUGAAUUUGAUGAAAAAAGUGGCCAAAUCCCCGAAAGUGAUGGAUGUUCUCAAUAUUCAAGGAGUUCAGCGUGCUCUUGAACGUUUAGCGGACUUGCUAGGCAAGAUUCAAAAAGCCCUAGGCGAAUAUCUUGAAAGAGAAAGGACGUCUUUCCCAAGGUUUUACUUUGUUGGUGAUGAAGAUUUACUGGAAAUCAUUGGUAACAGUAAAAACAUUGCACGGCUACAGAAACAUUUUAAAAAAAUGUUCGCAGGUGUUUCAGCCAUUUUGCUGAAUGAUGACAGCACUGUUAUAACUGGCAUUGCAUCUCGUGAAGGAGAAGAGGUCAAAUUUUGCACCCCUGUUUCAACCACCAACAACCCGAAAAUAAACGAGUGGCUGACUUGUGUUGAAAGAGAAAUGCGAAUUACACUUGCUUCAUAUCUAGCUCAAGCGGUUCAGGAUAUCAAACAAUUCAAAGAUGGUUCAAUAGACCCUAUUAAAUUUAUGCAAUGGUGUGAUAAGUAUCAGGCUCAAAUUGUAGUGUUAGCAGCUCAAAUUCUAUGGAGCGAAGAUGUGGAAGCAGCUCUUCACACAAUUAGCAACAGCACCGCUAGUGGACAAGCCAAAAUGCAACCAUUAGAACUUGUCCUCUCUCAGGUUGAGUCAACACUCACUAUUCUGGCCGAUUCAGUACUCCAAGAGCAACCACCGUUACGACGUAGGAAACUUGAACACUUGAUAAACGAAUUUGUCCACAAAAGGACGGUCACGCGUCGGCUGAUCCACAAUGGUGUUUCAAGUCCUCGUUCUUUUGAGUGGCUCUGUGAAAUGCGAUUUUACUUUGAUCCACGCCAGAACGAAGUUUUGCGGCAAUUAACAAUUCACAUGGCAAAUGCCAAAUUCUACUAUGGAUUUGAAUAUUUGGGUGUCCAGGAUAGAUUAGUUCAAACUCCUCUAACUGAUAGAUGUUACCUAACGAUGACUCAAGCCCUGGAGGCAAGAUUAGGAGGUUCUCCGUUUGGUCCUGCUGGUACAGGUAAAACAGAGUCUGUCAAAGCCCUUGGACAUCAGCUCGGUCGAUUUGUUCUUGUCUUUAAUUGUGAUGAAACAUUCGAUUUUCAAGCCAUGGGCAGAAUUUUUGUUGGAUUGUGUCAGGUUGGAGCCUGGGGUUGUUUUGAUGAAUUCAACCGUCUUGAAGAAAGAAUGUUAUCAGCUGUCUCGCAACAAGUUCAGACAAUCCAAGAAACACUGAAGACUCAAAUGGAUGCCAACAAAGAAAAUAUUACUGUUGAGCUGGUUGGAAAACAAGUUCGAGUUUCACCAGACAUGGCUAUAUUCAUUACUAUGAACCCUGGCUAUGCGGGACGAUCCAAUCUUCCAGAUAACCUCAAGAAGUUGUUCCGUUCUCUUGCAAUGACGAAACCUGAUCGACAACUGAUUGCGGAAGUAAUGCUUUUUUCACAAGGUUUUCGCUCUGCCGAGAAACUCGCUUGCAAAAUUGUGCCAUUUUUCAAACUCUGUGAUGAACAACUCUCAAACCAGUCACAUUAUGAUUUUGGUCUAAGAGCUUUAAAAUCUGUGCUAGUCUCGGCAGGUAAUGUAAAACGCGAUCGUAUUCAAAGGAUCAAAGAACACAAGAAAAAUGCUGGUGAUUUGAAUAUGGAUGAAGCUUCAAUAGCAGAAAAUCUUCCUGAGCAAGAGAUUCUAAUUCAAUCGGUGUGCGAGACAAUGGUCCCUAAACUUGUGGCAGAAGAUAUACCCCUAUUGUUCUCUUUACUCAAUGAUGUCUUCCCUCAGGUUAAAUACACACGCGCAGAAAUGUCAGGCUUGAAAGAGCAAAUACGUAAGGUUUGCCAAGAAGAGUUCCUUGUGUGUGGGGAAGGAGAUGAGCAAGGCACCCCUUGGAUGGAAAAGUCGUAUAUGGGAGAAACAUGGAUUGAAAAGGUUUUGCAACUGUACCAAAUUUGCAAUUUGAAUCAUGGUUUGAUGAUGGUCGGUCCAAGUGGAUCUGGAAAAUCAACGGCAUGGCGAGUUCUGCUGCGUUCCCUUGAAAGAUACGAGGGCAUAGAAGGAGUCGCUCAUGUCAUUGACCCUAAAGCUAUCUCCAAAGAAGCACUCUAUGGUGUUUUGGAUCCCAACACACGGGAGUGGACAGAUGGGCUUUUUACACAUAUUUUAAGGAAGAUCAUUGACAAUGUCAGGGGUGAAAUUAACAAACGUCAGUGGAUUAUAUUUGAUGGUGAUGUUGACCCUGAAUGGGUUGAAAAUCUGAAUUCUGUGCUGGACGACAACAAGCUGCUAACACUUCCCAAUGGAGAACGCCUGUCUUUACCACCCAAUGUUAGGGUGAUGUUCGAGGUGCAAGAUUUGAAGUAUGCCACUUUAGCAACUGUAUCACGUUGUGGAAUGGUUUGGUUUAGUGAAGAUGUCCUUUCAACUGAAAUGAUUUUUGAUAACUAUCUCUCUCGCCUUCGAAAUAUUCCUUUAGAAGAAGCUGAUGACGACAGUUUUGGAAGUUUUGUGGGUCAAAAGUCAACAGAACCAUUACCUGAGGAUGAAAUAUCUCCGUCUAUGCAAGUUCAAUUGGAUGUCGCUGCGAUUCUGUCUUCACAUUUUGCCCCAGAUGGCUUAGUUGUGCGUUGCCUAGAGUACUCGAUGAGUCAAGAACAUAUCAUGGAUUUCACACGAUUGAGGGCUUUAAGUGCUCUUUUCUCCAUGCUCAAUCAAAGUGUUAGGAAUGUCCUAGAGCACAAUCGCUCCCAUUCAGACUUCCCCCUCUCACAUGAUGUCCUUGAAAGGUACAUUCCAAAAUGUCUAGUGUAUGCUGUACUGUGGUGUUUCGCAGGCGAUGCCAAACUUAAAGUCCGAUCUGAUCUAGGUGAUUUCAUCAGGUCAGUCACAACUACGCCACUCCCACCUGGGUCCAUCAUUGAUUAUGAGGUCAGCAUUCCAAGUGAAUGGACGCCGUGGUCAAAUCGUGUCCCGCAAAUUGAAGUUGACACUCAGAAAGUUGCUGCACCUGAUGUGGUUGUUCCAACCCUGGACACAGUCCGUCAUGAAUCGCUGUUGUAUACUUGGUUGGCAGAACAUAAACCGCUAGUUUUAUGCGGUCCCCCUGGUUCUGGUAAAACAAUGACUCUAUUCUCGGCUUUACGAGCUCUUCCUGACAUGGAAGUGGUUGGUCUUAACUUUUCUUCAGCUACAACACCAGAACUGUUACUCAAAACAUUUGAUCACUAUUGUGAAUAUAGGAAAACCCCUAAUGGUGUAAUACUUUCGCCGGUGCAGCUUGGGAAAUGGCUCAUUCUGUUUUGUGAUGAAAUGAAUCUACCAGACAUGGAUCAAUACGGAACGCAGCGAGUGAUUUCUUUCUUACGACAACUAGUUGAACAUGGUGGCUUCUACCGACCAGGAGAUCAAGCAUGGGUAUCGCUUGAGCGGAUCCAGUUUGUUGGAGCUUGCAAUCCACCAACUGACCCUGGCCGCAAACCUCUCUCGCAUCGAUUCCUACGUCAUGUUCCAGUAAUAUAUGUUGACUAUCCUGGAGAAACCUCCCUUAAACAGAUUUAUGGCACAUUUAGUCGUGCCAUGUUGAGAAUGAUACCGUCAUUGCGAACUUAUGCAGAACCACUAACAAAUGCCAUGGUGGAAUUUUAUCUCGCAUCCCAAGAACGUUUCACACAAGAUAUGCAACCUCAUUAUGUUUACUCACCUCGAGAAAUGACAAGAUGGGUCCGUGGUAUCUGUGAAGCAAUACGCCCUCUGGAGAAUCUUUCAGUAGAAGGCCUUGUACGUCUCUGGGCUCAUGAGGCAUUACGUCUCUUCCAGGACCGCUUGGUGGAUGAUACGGAACGUCGUUGGACCAAUGAAAACAUUGAUGUGGUCGCGCUCAAGCACUUUCCUAGUGUCAGCAAAGAAGAAGCCCUGGCUAGGCCAAUCCUAUUCAGUAACUGGUUGUCUAAAGACUAUGUUCCCGUUGAUCGGAAGCAAUUACGAGAUUAUGUCAAAGCACGGCUUAAAGUUUUCUACGAUGAGGAGCUUGAUGUCCCAUUGGUGUUGUUUGAUGAAGUUUUGGAUCAUGUGCUGAGGAUAGACAGAAUCUUCCGUCAACCACAGGGACACUUGUUGCUCAUAGGAGUGUCUGGAGCUGGUAAAACAACAUUGUCACGGUUUGUGGCUUUUAUGAACGGCCUGUCUGUUUUCCAGAUUAGGGCACACAACAAAUACACAGCUGAAGAUUUUGAUGAAGAUUUGCGCUCUGUCCUCAGACGUUCUGGGUGCAAGAAUGAGAAAAUAGCAUUCAUUUUGGAUGAGUCUAAUGUUCUAGAAUCAGGCUUUCUUGAAAGAAUGAAUACAUUGUUAGCAAAUGGUGAAGUGCCUGGAUUAUUUGAAGGAGAUGAGUAUACAACUUUAAUGACACAGUGCAAAGAAGGAGCUCAGAGAGAAGGUCUAAUGUUAGAUUCAAAUGAGGAACUCUACAAAUGGUUCACAGGUCAAGUCAUGAAGAAUCUCCAUGUAGUAUUCACAAUGAAUCCAUCCUCCGAGGGAUUAAAAGAUCGUGCAGCUACCUCACCUGCACUUUUUAACAGAUGUGUUCUCAACUGGUUUGGCGAUUGGUCUGAUAGUGCACUUUAUCAAGUUGGUUUUGAGUUCACGAAUAAGCUGGAUUUAGAUGGUUCAACGAAUUGGAAGGCUCCAGACUUCUUUCCUGCUGCUUGUAAUCUCGUAUCAAACACCCCAACGCAUAGAGAUGCUGUCAUCAAUGCUUGUGUCUACGUUCACCAAACUCUUCAUAGAGCAAAUGCUCGUGUUGCUAAAAGAGGAGGUCGCACAAUGGCUAUCACUCCCAGACAUUAUCUGGAUUUCAUCAAUCACUUCGUGAAAUUACACCGUGAAAAGUGCUCAGAGUUGGAAGAGCAGCAACUUCAUCUAAAUGUUGGUCUCAGUAAAAUUGCAGAAACUGUGGAGCAAGUCGAAGAAAUGCAGAAAUCUCUGGCUGUUAAAUCUCGGGAACUUCAAGCCAAGAAUGAAGCAGCCAAUGCAAAAUUGAAACAAAUGGUGAAAGAUCAGCAGGAGGCAGAACAGAAAAAAGUCCAAUCGCAAGAAAUUCAGUCAGAGAUUGAGAAGCAAACAGUAGAAAUUGCUCAGAAACGAGAAUUUGUCAUGGCAGAUCUUGCUCAAGUAGAACCAGCUGUGAUUGAAGCUCAACAAGCUGUGAAGGAAAUCAGAAAACAACAGUUGGUAGAAGUGCGAUCAAUGGCCAAUCCACCUGCGGUUGUGAAACUAGCUCUAGAAUCCAUCUGUCUUCUACUUGGAGAGUCAGCAAACGACUGGAAAGCUAUUCGAGCAGUUGUUAUGAGAGAAAAUUUUAUAAAUUCCAUUGUUUCAAACUUCUACACCGAAAAUAUAACAGAUGAAGUUCGUGAAAAAAUGCAUUCAAGAUACAUGAGCAAUCCGGACUAUACUUUUGAAAAAGUCAACAGAGCAAGUAUGGCCUGUGGUCCCAUGGUCAAAUGGGCUAUUGCCCAGGUGAGCUAUGCAGACAUGUUGAAAAAAGUUGAACCUUUGCGUGAAGAACUCCAGUCCCUGGAGAUCCAAGCAAAUGAAAACAAGGAGAAAGGUGAAGAGACUAAAGCCCUCAUUGCUCAACUGGAGAAAAGUAUUUCCUCGUACAAGGAAGAAUAUGCGCAACUUAUUUCACAAGCACAGGCUAUUAAGUCUGAUCUUGAAAACGUUCAAGCCAAGUACCGGCAUAAUUUGUUUGCAACUUGGUGUCACCAUCUCACUCAAGCUGGACUCCAGUUUCGACCAGACAUUGCUUUAACAGAGUAUCUCUCUAAUCCAGAUGAGAGACUAAGGUGGCAAGCCAAUGCUUUGCCUUCUGAUGAUCUCUGCACUGAAAAUGCUAUAAUGUUAAAGAGAUUCAACCGUUAUCCUCUAAUCAUUGAUCCAUCUGGCCAAGCAACUGAAUUCAUUCUUAAUGAAUUCAAGGACCGUAAGAUAACCAAAACUAGUUUCCUUGAUGAUUCUUUUCGCAAGAAUUUGGAAUCAGCAUUACGAUUUGGUAAUCCAUUAUUAGUUCAGGAUGUGGAAAAUUAUGACCCGAUCUUAAACCCUGUGCUCAACAGAGAAUUGCGACGAACAGGGGGUCGUGUUUUGAUCACUCUAGGGGAUCAAGACAUUGACUUGUCACCAUCAUUUGUCAUUUUCCUCUCAACACGAGACCCAACUGUAGAGUUUCCUCCAGACAUAUGCUCACGAGUAACCUUCGUGAACUUUACUGUGACAAGAUCCUCUCUCCAGUCUCAAUGUUUAAACAGAGUGCUUAAAGCUGAGAGACCAGAUAUUGAUGCCAAACGGUCAGAUCUUUUAAAAUUGCAAGGUGAAUUCCACCUCCGUCUCAGACAACUUGAAAAGUCGCUUUUGCAAGCUUUGAAUGAAGCCAAAGGUAAAAUCCUUGAUGAUAACUCUGUUAUUUCAACCUUGGAGACUCUGAAAAAAGAAGCGGAUGACAUCAGCAAAAAGGUUGAGGAGACUGACAAAGUUAUCGCUGAAAUUGAAACUGUCUCUCAACAGUAUAAACCUCUUUCACAGGCUUGCAGUAAUAUGUACUUCACCAUGGAAUCACUAAAUCAAAUCCACUUCCUGUAUCAGUAUGCUCUCAAGUUCUUUCUGGAUAUCUUCAGCUCUGUGCUUUUUAAUAAUCCCAACCUCAAAGGAAUCAACGAUCACACAUCUAGGCUCAAUCAGAUCACUAAAGAUUUAUUCAGGGUUGGUUAUGAAAGAGUGGCACGAGGUAUGUUACAUACAGAUCGUAUCACACUCGCAAUACUGCUUUGUCGAAUUUAUUUGAAAGGAUUACCAACUGAACCAACUCUAGACACUGAGUUCCAAUUCUUCUUGCGGGGAAAAGAAGGUAUUCUUGCUCAGAAUAGCCAACCUGCAUCGCUGGAAACUCUUUCUCUUGAACAGCUUGAAGCUAUGCACAGGCUUUCCGCCAGACUGCCAGUGUUCAAAAACCUGAGUCAAAAAAUUGAAGAAAUGCCAGAAUUUGGUGCUUGGUUACAACAAGGCAGCCCAGAACAGUGUGUUCCUGUUCUGUGGGAGGAAGAGAAACCACUUAGUCCAAUAACUGUUGCUAUGUAUCAACUUCUUAUUAUUCAGACCUUCCGCGGUGACCGAGUGAUAGCAGCUGCUCAGAUUUUUGUGUCUGCAGUACUGGGCGAACAUUUCAUGUUUGCUGCUGAAAAAGAGCUGGAUCUUGGUGCUAUUGUCGAAAAUGAAAUCCAAGCCAAUGCACCUGUUCUCUUAUGCUCAGUACCAGGAUAUGAUGCAUCAAGCCGUGUUGAUGACUUAGCCGCAGAGUUAAGCAAACCCAUUGCAUCCAUUGCCAUCGGAUCCACGGAAGGAUUUAAUCAAGCUACCAAUGUUAUUAAUGUUGCUGUUCGCUCUGGAAAGUGGGUUCUGUUGAAGAAUGUCCACUUGGCUCCACAGUGGUUGGUUCAGUUGGAGAAAAAACUCCACAGCUUGCAACCACACACUAGUUUCCGGCUCUUUCUCACCAUGGAGAUAAACCCUAAAGUGCCUGUGAAUUUGCUUCGUGCCGGAAGAAUUUUUGUUUUUGAGCCACCGCCAGGAAUAAGAGCCAACUUACUUAGAACUUUCAGCACGGUGCCUGCAUCCCGAAUGAUGAAAGCUCCCAAUGAAAGGGCGAGACUGUACUUUCUCCUGGCAUGGUUCCAUGCCAUCGUUCAAGAACGUUUACGUUAUUGUCCACUUGGUUGGGCAAAAUAUUAUGAAUUUAAUGAAUCAGAUCUGCGUGUUGCCUGUGACACUCUUGAUACCUGGAUAGAAAGUACUGCAAUGGGCCGAACAAACUUGCCGCCAGAAAAAGUGCCAUGGGAUGCCCUAGUCACACUUCUCUCGCAAUGCAUCUACGGUGGAAAAAUUGACAAUGAUUUUGAUCAAAGACUACUCACUUCUUUCCUCACAAAAUUGUUCACACCUAGAAGUUUUGAGGCAGACUUUGCCCUUGUUGCAAAUGUCGACGGAGUGGCUGGAGGUCCCACCGGUAACAGGCACAUUACCAUGCCUGAUGGGGCCAGGCGUGAUCAAUUUUUACACUGGAUUGAAUCGCUUGCUGAUCGCCAAACACCAUCUUGGUUAGGGCUUCCAAACAAUGCAGAAAAAGUCUUGCUAACAACCAGAGGUACUGAUCUUGUGAGUAAGUUGCUGAAAAUGCAACAAUUGGAAGAUGAAGAUGAGCUUGCAUACUCAAUGGAAGAAUCAUCGCGCCUGGAUACAACUGGAGAAAAAAUACUGGAUGGUCGCCCUGCAUGGAUGCGAACCCUCCAUAAUUCUGCUACCACUUGGUUAGAACUUCUGCCAAGAACUCUUCAGACUCUAAAGCGAACUGUUGAAAAUAUUAAGGAUCCCUUGUAUCGUUACUUCGAACGAGAAGUGAAUUCAGGCUCUAAGUUGCUGCGUGAUGUUAUUCACGACUUAGAAGAUGUUUCUCUCAUUUGUCAGGGAGAAAAGAAGCAAACAAAUUAUCAUCGAACUAUUUUGAGCGAUCUGGUUAAGGGCAUCAUUCCUUCUGGGUGGCGAAGGUACACUGUUCCUCGAGGAUGUACUGUAAUUCAGUGGAUCACUGACUUCAGCUUCAGAAUCAAACAGUUACAGAAAGUAUCAGAACUCGUAUCUCAAAAAGGAGCCAAAGAAAUAAAAACCUUCCCUGUGUGGCUCGGAGGACUCUUGAAUCCAGAAGCCUAUAUUACUGCAACCCGACAGUGCAUUGCUCAAGCCAACAGUUGGUCAUUAGAGGAGCUUGUUUUGGAUGUAACUAUAACUUCGCCUGAUGCACCAAACGCAACGUGUCAAACGGAUGAAUGUAGUUUUGGCGUCGUUGGCCUAAAACUUCAGGGGGCUCAAUGUCGCAAUAAUCAACUCCUGCUCACUUCAACUAUUAUGAUGGACCUGCCAACUGUGCUUCUCAGAUGGAUAAGAGCAAGUCCAAUUGGCGAAGUAUCUCCAGGUAAACUCUCUCUUCCGGUCUACUUGAAUUCUACACGGACUGAACUAUUGUUCACCGUUGAUUUAAAUAUUGCGUCUGGACAAGACCCUCACAGUUUUUACGAACGAGGUGUGGCGCUCCUGACUUCCACUGCUUUAAAUUAAUUUAUCUCUACGCCUCAACAAGUCUGAAUUAAUAAAAGACUAGUUAAGCGCAAAUUCAUAACCUAGUAAGAGCCGUCGGGCGUUGAGAAGAUCGUGCACAAUUUUCCUGAUUUAACGGGAGUCCCAAGAAAUUUUCUCCAUGCAAAGUCUAUGAGACGCAGACAUUUAGGUUAUUCUACAGUAAUGAAAACCAUGCACAAUCUCUGCAAUGCCCUAUUAGCGUCUACAAAGUUUUGAAUUUUCGCUCUCCAAAUGAAUAGAAUUUCACUAGUCCCUACAGUGGAAAAUGAUUAUUAUUGAGAAGUGUACUGUAAUUUACUUUUUUUUUCUGUUUGUAACUGUGAUAAAAAGUAUAGUAAUUUUAGUUUCUUUAUUCCACUGAAGAAUUAGGGUACUUUAGAAACCUUAAGAAUGAAAAUAAUCUUAUAAUUUAGUUUAUCAUUAUCAACUGUAUUUAAUUUAUAAAUAUUUUAAAUGAAGCUAAUUAAUAGUUUUUUUAUUUGUGAAGACUCUUCAUUUUUGUUUUUCUGAUGGAUAAACAAGAAAUAAGAGGAGCACUUCAACUGUCAAAUGUUUUUUACUUUAUCUAAACAGUGCACACAAUGCAUGUAAUUGAAGAGCCAUCCGGAAAAAGAGCACUUGUAUAAAGCUGCAACUUUUCUGGUGAACCAAAUCGCUUUGUGGAAUUUAUAAAAAGCAAUGCUAUGAUACAGGAACUAGAUGCUUAAUAUAAUCAGUAAGAAGGCCAAAAAAGAAUGUUUGAGGUAUCUCAGUUUGAUCGCCUAAAAAAGAGAGGUGAAAAAAUGGGAAAUCUGCUCUUUUUCAAAUUGAUCACUUUUUUCUCAGCUUUUCUUGGUACUAUUGCAACUCAGUGCAAAAAAAUUUUCAUGAUACCACUUACUUGGUGUUACUCAGAGCAAGAGAUGGAAGAAUUUUCCUUUGUAUUAGAAUGUAUUUUGCCAGAAUUUAAGAGAAAAAAGUAGCAAAAUUAAUUAAUGCAAACUUUUGUAGUCUAAACUCUAAUAUUUACGAAGCCUAUUAAGUACUUAAGGAAAAAAUAUAAUUCCAAGGUAUAUCAAUGGACACACACGGUUUCAUUGGUCGAUAUGGGAGCAAUAUUGAUUAAUUGAAACACGAAGGUGUGAUGGUUUAAGGGAUUGACAUGAAGGGAAGCCAAGAGAAGGUCCUCCUUUCCAAUGUUUUUGGCCUUUUGGAAGUUAUGCGUGAUGAGAGGGGGAAGAAUUGGGCUCAUCGCUUUUAUCAGCAGUCACAACUAAAGACUCUUAUUUUCAUUAAUAAACUUUUUUGCUAAAAGA